AUGGCGACUACGAAACCAUCCAUCAUUCUGAUACCUGGUGCCUGGCACCGCCCAGUCAUCUACGCCGCCGUCGAAGUUCUCCUCCUCGAGGCCGGGUACUCUGAUGUCUGCGCACUCCAGCUGCCAUCUGCAGGCGGAGAUCCAGUGCCAGAAACACGAGUGCAGGACAUCGCCAUUAUUCGCUCGGCGGUCACCGAACGACUCCAGCAGGGCAAAGAUGUUGUGAUCGUUGCACAUAGCUACGCUGGAACACCUGCAGGUGAAGCAGUCCAAGGCCUUCCUUCGAAGUUCAAAGCCGACUCGACUGCCAACGGUGAAGGCUCACCCGUUCAGGAAAACCAGGAGAGCAAUCCAGGUGUCAGCAUUCAAACCGCAAAGUCUACAACCACGUAUGGCGAACCUAGCCUAGAUGAUACGGAGGUAGAUCAGCUACUAUGUGCUACGAAGAAUAACCCGAGCUUGGAGUCUCCAAAGAAAACCCAGAGUCCAGAUGUUACGAAGGGCCAUUCGAUCUCAGGAACCCCAAACGAGAAUCCAAGCCUAGAGCCCCCCUCAAUUCCAACCGGCCACAUUCUCGCCCUCAUCUACCUCGCCGCCUUUCUCAAACCCGUCACCUGCCCUCAGCAAGCUGCCCCCUCGAAUAACCCCCCUCCCUGGGCCCUGCAUGAAGAACCCUACAUGUACCUCUCCUCCGAUGUCUCUAUCAUCAAGAACAUAUUUUACAACGACCUCGACGCCGAGACCCAGACGUACUGGUACGAGAGGCUGGCACCUUACCACUCCUUUGGCGCACUUACGGAGCCGUGUCGGUAUGUGCCGUGGCAGGGGGACUUCAAGUGCCUGUAUGUGGUAUCCGAGAACGAUCAGACGGUGCCGCUAGCCUGGGCGAUGGCGAUGGCGACGCAGCUGGGGGGGGUUAUUGACGUUGUCAUGCAUAAGGCUGGGCAUAGUUUGAUGCUGAGCCAGCCAAAGGCUGUGGUGGACAUUGUUGAACAGGUGGUGGAAGGGAAGGAGGUUGGUGGAGGAGGAGACGGAACUGUUGAAGACGUGGGCGAAAGAGUUGAGGACAAGGGCAAAGGAGAGAAUGGCGAAGGAGAUGGAAGAAAGUGUAAGCGAAACGGAGAAAAGGGUGAGCGAGAUGGAGAGAAGAAGGGGAUUGAUGCGUGAAGCCCUUUGGAUAUGUGCACUCAGUCCCCAUCCAUGAGCCUGUCGAGGAGUGGUAAAAUGCGUGAAUCUGAAUUAGCGUUAGCAAAAGUGGUCAAUCUGAGGGUGAGUUGUGCUAGGUCAUGAGACCUUUCCUUCUAAACUUGGGUCUAUCUUCUUGGUACGGAAGGUAUGAACCAUGGUUACAGUCUUCCUACAAAUG